GUUUUACUCGUCUCUUGUGCCGAAAUUGAAUUAAAAAUUUUUUUAUCUUCCUGUCAUCAAGUUAUAUUUUCAGGUAGCCCUCAACGGCCUAGAGAGCAUCCUGAAAGUAGGAGAAGUGGACGCUCCGACGAAUAAUGGCGAAAAUCCGUAUGCGGAGUUGGUGGAAAUGUGCUACGGACUGGACAAGAUUGAAUUUCUUCUAAACCAUGAGAAUAACGACAUUUACUCUAAAUCGAUGGAAUUGAUCGAGCGUUUUUUCGGCAUUGAAAGCGCCACCGACGUCAGGACCGCCGAACCGAACGUAAACGAGGCGGAAAACCGCUUUGAGUUUCAUGUGCCCGAACCGAAGCAGGUGGGCAACAGCGACGACUUCCAGUUCUGA